ACCCCUUUUUUGCGUCUGAUGGCAUUUUUUAUGCUGAGAUGGACAAGUCACCUGGACAAAUCAUCCAGAUAAAAAAUGCUAACUGAAGAGUUAAGACAGAGAAAAUUAGUGGCUAGUUACCAGCACCGAAGACCGAACCCAUGGAAGAGACAAUGGAGACCCAGCACAGAGCAAGACUCGCCAUUUUUGAACUGGUCAACAUGCUAAGCGUUCCUAUGUCCCUCAACGCCAUCGUCCGCCUCAACGUUCCAAACGCAAUAUGGCAAGGUGGGGCUAAUACCGCUCUCACCGCCUCCCAGAUCGUCUCGAAAGUUCUCCCCUCCGAUGGUGGGGAUGCCGAGAACCUCCAGCGCAUCCUCCGUAUGCUCACUAGCUAUGGUGUGUUCGCGGAGGUACUGCAUGAUACUGACCGUGCGGAGAGAAAAUACUCACUAACUGAGAUCGGGAAGAUGCUCGUCACCGACGCCAACGGUCUUUCCUGCAAGUCUUACGUGCUCCAGCACUUCCAGGACAAGCUAAUGAAAGCAUGGCCAUUGGUUCACGAGGCAGUGGUGGAUCCGACAUCGGAACCAUUCGUGAAGGUGAACAGUGAGCCGGCGUACACUUACUACGGAAAAAGGCUGGAGAUGACUGGGUUGAUGCAGAAGGCUAUGUCGGGAGUCCCCGUGCCUUUCAUGAAAGCAAUGCUAGAAGCCUACAGUGGGUUUGAUGGGAUCCAGCGCCUGGUUGACGUCGGCGGCAGUACGGGGCAUUGCCUGAGGAUGAUUUGUCCAGGUGGCUUGUCCAUCUCAGCAUAAAAAAUGCCACAUCAGACGCAAAAAAGGGGUGGGUUAACG